AUGUCUUUCGGUAACAAGGCUAAGCUUAACUCCGGCGCCGAGAUCCCUACUCUGGGAUACGGCACCUGGCAGUCCAAGCCCGGUGAAGUCUCUGUCGGUGUCUACGAGGCCCUCAAGGCCGGCUACCGUCACCUUGACUUGGCCAAGAUCUACCAGAACCAGCCCGAGGUUGGUGAGGGUCUGAAGAAGGCUCUUGCUGACAUCCCCGGCCUCAAGCGUGAGGACAUCUUCAUCACCUCUAAGCUGUGGAACAACAACCACCGCCCCGAGAACGUUGAGGCUGCUCUUGACGAGACCCUCCAGGAGCUCGGCCUCGACUACCUUGACCUCUACCUCAUCCACUGGCCCGUUGCCUUCAAGAAGAACGGCGGCGAGCUCUUCCCCAAGGCCGCCGGCAAUGACUCCGAGGUCGACCUCGACCAGGGCGUCUCCCUCGUCGACACCUGGAAGGCCCUGAUCGCCCUGCCCAAAUCCAAGGUCAAGGCCAUCGGUGUCUCCAACUUCACCAUCGACGACCUCCAGACCAUCAUCGACGCCACCGGCGUCGUCCCCGCCGUCAACCAGGUCGAGCGCCACCCCCUCCUCCAGCAGAACGACACCCUCAUCAAGUACGCCAAGGAGAAGGGCAUCCACAUCACCGCCUACUCCGCCUUCGGCAACAACGGCUUCGGCCUGCCCCUGCUCAUUGAGCACGACGUCGUCAAGAAGAUCGCCGAGAAGAUCAACGCCACCCCUGCCCAGGUCGUCCUCGCCUGGUCCCAGGUCGGCGGCCACUCCGUCAUCCCCAAGUCCGUCACCCCCAGCCGCAUCCACUCCAACUUCCAGGAGGUCAAGAUCUCCGACGAGGACGUCGCCGCCAUCAACGAGAUCGGCAAGGAGCCCCGCCGCUACAACAUCCCCUUCACCUACAAGCCCCGCUGGAACAUUAACAUCUGGGACGAGAAGGAGGAGAAGGAGGCUGCCAACCGCGUCGUUCGCAAGCUUUAG